AUGGGGUUCUCUCCCCGUAGCCAUCCCACCCAUCCCAUCGAAAUCGAUCAUUGCCGCUUUUGCAUCCAACAGUUCCAAAAACUUCGCACGGGCAAAAUCUCCUCCAUUUCCUCCUAUUGCCCUGUGCAGCUUUUUUCUUCAGCAAUUGGGCAGUUUCAGUCGAUCCUUCAUCUCUUUGAAACGCCCCAAAACAAUCUCACUUGCUUUCUUGAUGGCCAAAAAUGCCAGGUUUCCACGAUUCCACUCCCGAUCGAUAGCUCUGCGAUCAAGUCUUUCGCGAGGGAGCUGGAGCUCGCUCUUCCCGCGGUUUUGACGAAGGAAACCGCGAUUUCUGUUUUGAUCACGUUGGCGUUUCAGCGAAGUGGCGUGCUGAACGAUCUGCUGCGCGUUCAGGUGGGAGAAACGGAGAGUUUGGACAUAGAAUCGAAGCGAUUGGAAUGA